AUGGCGGACAUCGCCCACGAGCACAGAUUACAUUGCCAUUACUUUAGCACAGGUUGUGGAUGUGGAGCAGAGGAAAGCAGCUAUCCUUACCAGAUUAUGGACCAUAUAAACGGAAAAGAGCACCUCAACUUCACUGGAUGUGGUGUAUGGUCACUGUUGACUGUCAUCUCUUUAAUCCUGUCUUUCAUAUCUACCACUGCUGCUGAACCAAGAGCAGCAGUUAGUCCAGCUUAUGGCUGUGUGCUUUAUAAUGAAACGUACAUCUGCAGCGGUUCUCAGUAUCAAAUGUAUUGCGACACAAGAAUGCAUCAUUUCUACUACCAGAGAGACCAAGACCAACACCAAUACCACUGCAUGAGUAAUGACUGUAUCUGUGUUGGUAAUAAUGACACCUGUGCAUGCUACUAUAAUACUUCGUCCUGCUUCUGUGAGAUCUUUAGCAAUAACAUCAUAACUUAUGGCAAUAUCACCGCUCUCACUAUAGCAGUUAGUCCAGUCUAUGACUGUGCACGUUAUAAUGACUUGUACAUCUGCACUGGUGCUCAGUACCACAUGUAUUGCAACACAAGUGUACAUGAUUUCGAUUAUGAUAGAUACCAUUACUACUGUUUAAAUAAUAACUGUUACUGCUUUGGUAAUAAGGACACCUGUACAUGCUACAGUAGCACUUCAUCCUCCUGCUUCUGUACAAAUAACAGCAGUAGCAUCACUAUUCCUGCAGCAGUUAGUCCAGUUUAUGACUGUGGGCUUUAUAACGACACAUACAUCUGCACUGGUGCUCAGUACCACAUGUACUGCGACACAAGAAUGCAUCAUUUCUACUACUGGAAAUAUAGAGACCAAAACCAAUAUGAAUAUGAAUGCUGGGGUAAUAACUGUUACUGCUUUGGUAAUAAUGACACCUGUACAUGCUACAGUAGCACUUUGUCCUCCUGCUUCUGUGAGACUUACAACAAUAGCAUUGCUCUCCCUACAGCAGUUAGUUCAGUUACAGACCCUGACUGUGUGCGUCUUAAUGAUAUGUACAUCUGCACUGGUGCUCAGUAUCGCAUGUACUGCAACACACAAAUGCAUGACUUCUCCUACCAGAGAUCUCAGUACAAAUACCAGUACCUGUGUGUGAAUAAUGACUGUGACUGCUUUGGUAAUACGGACACCUGUACAUGCUCUACUAGCACUUUGUCCUCCUGCUUCUGUAAGACUUAUGGCAAUAUCACCGCUCUCACUAUAGCAGUUAGUCCAGUCUAUGACUGUGCACGUUAUAAUGACUUGUACAUCUGCACUGGUGCUCAGUACCACAUGUAUUGCAACACAAGUGUACAUGAUUUCGAUUAUGAUAGAUACCAUUACUACUGUUUAAAUAAUAACUGUUACUGCUUUGGUAAUAAGGACACCUGUACAUGCUACAGUAGCACUUCAUCCUCCUGCUUCUGUACAAAUAACAGCAGUAGCAUCACUAUUCCUGCAGCAGUUAGUCCAGUUUAUGACUGUGGGCUUUAUAACGACACAUACAUCUGCACUGGUGCUCAGUACCACAUGUACUGCGACACAAGAAUGCAUCAUUUCUACUACUGGAAAUAUAGAGACCAAAACCAAUAUGAAUAUGAAUGCUGGGGUAAUAACUGUUACUGCUUUGGUAAUAAUGACACCUGUACAUGCUACAGUAGCACUUUGUCCUCCUGCUUCUGUGAGACUUACAACAAUAGCAUUGCUCUCCCUACAGCAGUUAGUUCAGUUACAGACCCUGACUGUGUGCGUCUUAAUGAUAUGUACAUCUGCACUGGUGCUCAGUAUCGCAUGUACUGCAACACACAAAUGCAUGACUUCUCCUACCAGAGAUCUCAGUACAAAUACCAGUACCUGUGUGUGAAUAAUGACUGUGACUGCUUUGGUAAUACGGACACCUGUACAUGCUCUACUAGCACUUUGUCCUCCUGCUUCUGUAAGACUUAUGGCAAUAUCACCGCUCUCACUAUAGCAGUUAGUCCAGUCUAUGACUGUGCACGUUAUAAUGACUUGUACAUCUGCACUGGUGCUCAGUACCACAUGUAUUGCAACACAAGUGUACAUGAUUUCGAUUAUGAUAGAUACCAUUACUACUGUUUAAAUAAUAACUGUUACUGCUUUGGUAAUAAGGACACCUGUACAUGCUACAGUAGCACUUCAUCCUCCUGCUUCUGUACAAAUAACAGCAGUAGCAUCACUAUUCCUGCAGCAGUUAGUCCAGUUUAUGACUGUGGGCUUUAUAACGACACAUACAUCUGCACUGGUGCUCAGUACCACAUGUACUGCGACACAAGAAUGCAUCAUUUCUACUACUGGAAAUAUAGAGACCAAAACCAAUAUGAAUAUGAAUGCUGGGACCUGCACAUCUCUCCACUACAGGCGUGA